AGAAAUAUUCGUUGAAUCUUCAAAGAUAAUAAAAAGAACGUAAUCCCGUCUUAAUCGACGUACAGGAUACGUAUAAAUUAUACUUUGUUACGUAACGAAAUACCUUUUAAACGAGUAAAGCACCGACGAGAGUGCUUACCAAUGAUUUUAUAAGAAGUUUUUAUAGAGUGUGAACCGAGUCUCGAUUUCGUGACGUAACAUUCGAUUCGAUUCGAUUCGAUUCGUUUCGUUUCGUUUCGUUUCGUUUCGUUUCAUUUCAUUUCAUUUCGAAUUCUGCAUUAAAUUAGAACGCAACAUGUAACGUGUUACAAAGAGAACACGGAGCAGGCAAAGAAAGAAAGGUAAAUAUUUAGAAUAAGGGAGCCACCUCUGAUUUCGUACUUUUCGUAAGUAUCUAAAAAAGUCCUUGCCAAAGGGGUUAACGUCGUCGCUAGGGCGAAGCCCCUUAUUGUAAAUAUUUACCCUGAAACGUCCUGGAAAAAAUACCUGGAAAGGGAAAGAAGCGAAUUUUUAACAGGUGCGCGAAGAAAGCGCGCGUUCUAUUGUUUUCGAUGAUCGGGUGGCUGACGGAAAACGAGUAGAUAUGCAUAACGAGAAACGGUUUAAGACAGCAUCCAAACGGAGAGCAUCUUGCGUAUCCGAUGGGCAACAAAGUCGCUGUAAAAAAUUUAAAGACAAACGAACAAUUCUUCCUUGCUGGGCACAAAAAUGUAGUAUCCGCUUUGUGUGUUUCACCUAAUGGAAAUCUAUUAGCUUCCGGUCAAGUGAAUCAUUACGGUUUCAAGGCAAUGGUGAUAAUAUGGAACUUUGCGGAACGUAAAAUCAAAGCUAGUCACGAAAUACACAAAGUCAGAGUCGAGGACGUGUGUUUCACUAACGACGAACGGUAUUUGAUCAGUCUCGGGGGCAUCGACGAUGGUUGCAUCGUGGUGUGGAAUGUCGAAAACGGAACUCCACUUUGUGGUACGUUGGCAAACAGCGGAAUGUUUGGAAACGCUACAACGAUCGCGCGAACAAAUCUUUCUAAAAGGAAUUUUCUCACUGCCGGGGAUGGAACAUUAAAACUAUGGUAUAUCGAUGAAAAAGAUGGAAAAUUGAAUGGGAUCGAGGCGAAGAUCGGGAAAAUGAAACGUGCCAUCAAUUGUCUGGUCGUAGACGAAAACGAUGAAAACGUUUAUUGCGGAACGACAUCCGGUGACAUCUUAAAAGCAAGGCUGAACAUCGGAGAGUUGCAAGAAUCGAUAAAAUGUCCGAUUAUGAUCGGAUGCUAUUCAAAGAUACCAAAGCACAUGUCGCGAGGUAAUUCAAACGGGGGAGAAGUAUACGCGGGUGGUGUGAAAAAUUUGUUACUCUUACCGAAAAAGAAAAUAGUCGUAGGCGCAGGCGAUGGAACGAUCGAAUUGAUCGAGAUAAAAGAAAACUCGGGAUUCGUCAAAGACGAGGCAAAGAAGAAUUCGUUGGUCAUACCGUGUAUAAUAACGCAUCGUAGCGGGAACGUCUGCGCCACGGUAACAUCGAUGACCCGUUACCGAAACGAUUUUCUACUGGUAGGAACAAGUUUAUGCGAAAUUCACGAAAUCGAAUUGUCAACUUUUCGUACACGUAUAAUCGUCACCUGUCACACCAGCGCUAUACACGAUCUGGCAUUUCCACGUAACUCCUCGGAGAUAUUUGCAACGGCUGGAAAACACGAUAUACGAGUAUGGAAGCUGUCAACGCAAAAAGAAUUGCUCCGAAUCACCGUACCGAAUUUUGUCUGUUCUAGUCUCUGUUUUGAUCGUAAUGCCGGCUCAAUAAUAUCUGCGUGGAACGACGGUACUCUACGAGGAUUUGCUACGAACAGCGGAGAACUUUUAUUUUCGAUCGACUGUGCGCACACGAAACCUGUGACAACGGUUACGAUCAGCAACGACGACAGUAAACUGAUCAGCGGUGGUUGCGACGGCCAGAUACGGGUAUGGAAUGCAAAAACGUACGCGCGACAAUUAUUGACCGUGUUGAAGGAACACAGAGGACCGAUAACAUCGCUGCACGUUUCACCGGACAACGAAAGUUUUAUCAGUUCCAGCAGCGAUGGUACAUGCGUGAUGUGGGACGCAGGAACAUUGAAGCGUAAGUUCACACUGAGAGGAAACACAAUGUAUAUGGCAACGUGCUUCGCUUCCGGUGGCGUACAAAUUUUAACCUGUGGUACGGAUGGUAAAAUAGCGUACUGGGAGAGCUUGGAUGGUUCGUUGGUUCGUGAAGUGGAAGGUUCAGCAGUUGGCACGUUAAACGCUAUAAAUAUAAGUCCCGAUGGACGGUAUUUCGUCACCGGUUCAGACGACUGUAUCGUAAAGCUUUGGGAAUAUCGUACCGGAAAUAUCAUUCGCACAGGCGUUGUUCACGCUGCUGCUAUCACUGGUUGUGCUUUCGCUCCCACCGGCGAUUUCAUCGUUACGAUAAGCGCGGACGGAGCUAUAAUAAUUUGGAAGUAUCCUUUCGAAACGUCUAGCUCGAACGAUAACGACGAUUGCAACAAGUCUUUGCGUUGCGUUCGCGAUACAAAAAAUGUAUCGUCGUAGAGAGAAGUCGCUCAUAACGAAUAUCAAAUCGUACACCCGCGUCAAAAUAUUUACGCGUAGCAUUUCUGCAUCAUAGGUGUUAAUUUGCAAAUUUUUAUUAAAACCAGAUUUAUUCAAAUAAUCUUUUCAUCGUGCUAAAAUUGUUCAAUCACUUUGCAAAACCAUAUUAUUCUUCCACACACAACAUUUAUACUUAAGGUUGAAUAUUUCAUAUAUAUAUAUAUAUAUAUUAAAAGAUGGGAUGUGGGAAAAUAAAGCAAUAAUUUUUUACACAUAGUGAACGCGUUACUAAACUUCGAUAAUAUCGAUAGUUCAUUCGUAAUUAGGAUGUAUAUCGAGAAACCCAUUACGAACGAUCUGCAAAUUGUAUCGAGAGACAUAGAAUAAGGAAUACAUAGAUCUACCAUCGCAAAACACGAAAACUUUGCCUUGGAAAAGAGCAAUUUCCUCCUACGAACGCGCCAUGUUGGGAUCGAUGUCGCAAGUAAAGGAAAAAAUGAAUUAAUGAAAAAAGCAUUUUCCGGAAAGGUUGGUCUCGGGAAGUACGGUAUGCGGAAAGUUUGUCUUCGGAAAAGUCGAUUUAUCCCCUGUGGCUGGGGGUUUAGAAUACAGCCACAGUAACCCCUGCUUGUCGUAGGAGGCGACUAAAAGGGGACGUUGUUACUGUUGAAGUAGCCUCGAUUUCGAUCCUGGGGCAUAGACAUAGUAACUAUAUUUACCUAUUUUUUUAUUUAAGAGCAAGAUUUCAUACGUAUAUACCGGCAAUGUCACCUAUUUGCGUAUCGUUGCCUCCCUAUAUUUAAAUAAACUAUUAUUUCCUAUAUCGUACUUU